CAAAUGAUGAUCACUGCAUUGAUCAACCCUCUUCAGCUGUUCAUGAUGUUGAUGAGGUCAUCGAGGAUGUUGUAGUUAAUCAACCUGAAGAUGUUGAACCUGAUCCAGUUGCAGUCACUGAGCCUGACGUCGAGAACAAUGUGGCAGAUCCACCAGAAAGAAGGUAUCCUAGUCGAACUAGGAAACCAAAUGUGAGAUUUGGUUUUGAAACUCCCACUUCUCUACAUACUCUUGGUAAUAUUGCUACUCUAAACAAUGUGUCAGCUCACCAUUCAGUUUUUCUUAACAAGUUGUGUGACACCACUGAGCCUAGAUCAUUUGAAGAGGCCAAUCAGUCACCAGUGUGGAGAAAGGCUAUGCAAGAUGAACUUCGAGCACUCCAUGAAAAUAAUACUUGGAGUAUUGUUCAAUUGCCAAAAGGCCACAAGGUAGUUGGAGCCAGAUGGAUCUACAAAAUCAAGUUUCAUUCAGAUGGCAGAAUUGAGAGACACAAGGCAAGGUUAGUAGCUCGUGGUUUUACUCAAACGUUUGGAGUUGAUUAUAAGGAAACAUUUGCACCAGUUGCUAAAAUGAACACUGUUCGUGUAUUGUUAUAUGUGGCUGUCAAUUCUGGUUGGUCCUUGUUUCAAAUGGAUGUUAAGAAUGCAUUUUUGCAUGGAGAGUUAGAAGAAGAUGUGUAUAUGCGCCUGCCUCCAGGGCAUCAUCAAGCAAAUGAAGCUGGGGUUGUGUGCAAAUUGCAUAAGGCUAUAUAUGGUCUUAAACAAUCCCCAAGAGCUUGGUAUUCUAAACUCAGCUCUGUGCUUCUUGAAUGUGGUUUUAAAAGGAGCAUGGCUGAUUCAUCUAUGUUUGUCAGAACUGGUACUUUUGGAAGACUCAUUGUUCUCGUCUAUGUGGAUGAUUUAAUUAUCACUGGUGACAGUAAUGAAGAAAUUCAGUCUCUUAAAGGUACCUUGCAUACCAAGUUUGCCAUUAAAGAUCUUGGUGCACUGAGGUACUUUUUAGGAAUUGAAAUGGAUCAAUCACCCUUUGGCUUGUUUCUCAAUCAAAGGAAAUAUAUUGUUGAGCUACUGGAAGAAACUAACAUGAAGGCUAGCAGUUCAACUCCUACCCCUCUUCCAAGCAAAUUUGAUAUUGAAGCAUCAGGUGAUCCUCUCCCUCACAUCUCAGAAUAUCAAAGAUUGGUUGGUAAACUCAUAUACCUCACAAUUACACGACCAGAUAUUUCAUAUGCUGUUAGCUUGGUGAGUCAGUUCAUGCAUGCUCCUACAUCUACACACAUGCAUUUGGUCAAACGAAUUCUAAGGUAUCUCAAGGGCACAGUGACUAAGGGAGUGUUUAUGAAAAAUAAUGGUCAUUUUGUCUUGGAAGGUUUUUCUGACUCUGAUUGGGCAGGCAACACCCUUGAUCGAAAGUCUACGACUGGUUUUUGCACAUUUGUAGGUGGAAACUUAGUCACAUGGAAGAGUAAAAAACAGUCAGUGGUGGCAAGAUCAAGUGCAGAAGCUGAGUAUAGGGCAAUGGCCUCUACUGCAUGUGAAUUGAUAUGGCUGAAGGCUAUUCUUCAAGAUCUUGGUGUCAAGUGCAAGAAUCCUAUCACUUUAUGUAAUAACCCUCGUUUUUAA